AUGGCUGAUGCUAAAAUACAGUCAAAGCCCAAACGUCUUAACAAAAUUUUAUUUUCACCAACAACUCAUCAAGAUCCAGAUAGCCGGGCAGAGCGAGCGAAAAUGAACCCAGACGAAGGCGUUCGUGGAACACUACUUCUCGACUUUCGAAACCGAGCGGCGUUGGCGAACUUGUACCGGAAGAGCUCCAUGCUGACCUUCGAAGUCCAGAAGAUCCAGAGCUCGCAGAACAUUGUGGCCAAGCUCACCAGCCUCCCCUUCCAGCAGUGCAAGCACGCCGUCACCACCGUCGACGGCAAUCUUCAGCUUGUUGGUGAACAACACGCGCUCAGAUUCAGUCAGAUGUUCCAUCUGAUGCCGACACCACAGGGGAGCUUUUACGUGUUGAAUGACAUUUUUCGCUUGAACUAUGCAUGA